GUAUAUAAUUAUUAAUAAAUUAUAAUUAUAAAAUUUUAAAUUUUAAAAUAUUAAAUUUUAAAAUAAAAAAAAAUAGAAGAAUUGAAUAAACGUGGCUCUGGAAGCAUAGGCUAGUGCACCCUCUGCCCAUUUCACCAACCCCGGUUUCACACUGCUGACUGCUGAGAUGUCAAGUCAACAUACAGGUUAUAGCUAUGGCUACGUAAAGCUUUCGCUUUAAUCAUGUCUCUCUUUCCCUCUUUUUUAUCAACCGUUCUAUACUACUAUCUUUUCUGAUCCACCACAGUACUUUCUUUUCCGAUCCAAAACUUCUCUCUCUCUCUCUCUCUCUCUCUCUCUCUCUCAUUCCAAAAAGAAUGGGUGGCCUUGAAACUGAGAGAGUUGUUGUAGGAUGGGCAGCAAGAGACCCAUCUGGGAUCCUCUCUCCUUAUACCUACACGCUCAGAAACACAGGCCCAGAAGAUGUUUUGUUGAAGGUUCUCAGCUGUGGAAUCUGCCACACUGAUAUUCAUCAAGUGAAGAAUGAACUUGGCAUGUCAAGAUACCCCAUGGUUCCUGGGCAUGAAGUGGUUGGUGAGGUAGUGGAGGUGGGAUCAGAGGUCACUAACUUCAGAGUAGGAGAUGUAGUUGGAGUUGGAGUUAUUGUUGGAUGUUGCAGGAAUUGCAACCCAUGUAAAUCAGAUGUUGAGCAGUACUGCAACAAGAAAAUCUGGUCCUAUAAUGAUGUCUACACCGAUGGAAAAACCACCCAGGGAGGCUUUGCCCAAUCCAUGAUCGUUGAUCAAAAGUUUGUGGUGAAAAUACCAGAUGGGAUGUCAGCAGAACAAGCAGCACCACUAUUGUGUGCAGGAUUGACAGUGUAUAGCCCACUUAGCCACUUUGGGUUGAACAAGAGCGGACUAAGAGGAGGCAUAUUAGGGCUUGGUGGAGUAGGGCAUAUGGGUGUGAAGAUAGCCAAGGCAAUGGGACACCAUGUGACUGUGAUAAGUUCUUCAGACAAGAAGAGAGCGGAGGCUAUGGAACAUCUUGGUGCUGAUGAGUACUUGGUCAGCUCUGAUGCAACUCGGAUGCAAGAAUUUGCUGAUACCCUUGAUUAUAUAAUUGAUACUGUGCCUGCUGUUCAUGCUCUUGAGCCCUAUCUUUCUCUGUUGAAACUUGAUGGAAGGCUGAUCUUGAUGGGUGUUAUCAAUGCCCCAUUGCAAUUUCUCACUCCUUUGGUCAUGCUUGGGAGAAAAUCAAUCACAGGAAGCUUCAUAGGAAGCAUGAAAGAAACAGAGGAGAUGCUUGAAUUCUGCAAGGAAAAGGGAAUAACCUCCAUGAUUGAAGUAGUAAAAAUGGAUUAUGUUAACAAAGCACUGGAAAGGCUGGAGAAAAACGAUGUCAGAUACAGGUUUGUUGUGGAUGUUGCAGGCAGCAAACUGGAACCAUGAAAAAUCAAUCACCAAAAACCAAAACUCAAAAACUAUAUUAUAUAUGCAUUUUCAGGUGUUGUGUUUCUUAUUGAGUUGAGAUGCGUAGAGUAUAAGCUACUAAUCCGUUCUGUAAUAAAAGAAGAGAGAAGAUGAAGAAAAAAGACGCUGAGAUGUUGUUUCUGUGCUGGGGAUAUUUUAUUUUUUUAAUUCAAUGCAUUGUGGUUGUGUUGAAAUUAGUGCUGUUCCCUAAAUCUUGUCCUCUCUGACAAUGAAAGAUACCAACUUGGCACAAA